AUGGCCAUGGACUGGCAACCCGAGGCGCUCUUCAGGCAGCCCGCGCCUCUCGAGGUCGUGGACCCACAGUCUGGUCACCCGCACACACAUACCGCCAUCUUCCUGCAUGGUCGCGGCGACAGGGCCGAAAAUUUCGCGAGGAGCAUCAGGUACAUGACCUGGUGCAACUCAAAGCGACAGACAGCCAUCGAGGCUUUCCCGACCUUCCGCUGGGUCUUUCCCGACGCCGGCCAGAAGCCGUGCGCCAGACCCGGGGCUCAGUCCAGCAUGAGUCAGUGGUUCGAUGUGUGGGAUCACCUAAAUUUCAAAGAUCACGAGGAAUUGCAGGCGUCCGGACUGCGGGACAGCGUGGGCCGGAUCAAGAAAUUGAUCGAGGACGAGGCGGCAAAGCUCGGCGGGAGGUAUGACAGGAUUGUGCUCAUGGGCAUCAGCCAGGGCGGCGCAACGAGCGUUCAUACGCUGCUGAAUCUGGAGAUUCCCGAGGUUCAUUCUGGCCCGAAGAGGCUCGGCGCCUUUGUUGGCGUUGCUUCCCGAAUGCCAUAUCCGGGCCACAGUUUGAAUGACACGCGGCAGAUCCUCGGCUUGGGCGGGACGCCGAGUGACGAACUACUUCGGAACACGCCCAUUCUCCUAGAGCACUGCGUGGACGAUCCGACUGUUUUGUUUGAGGGGGGGAAACAGUUGAGACAGCAGCUUGAGGGGUAUGGAGCUACGGUCGAGUGGAGGGAAUAUCCUGAUGGAGGGCACUGGUUCAAGUCACCCGAGGGACUGGAUGAUCUCGUUCGGUUCUUGAACAAGGUGCUAUCUCAAGAUUGA